AUGCACAGAGUCCGUGAUCGUGAGAUAUGCGUACAGAAAUUCAAGCUCUAUAUAAGCAUCCAUGAAUUGAAGCAUAUUUCUUUGGUGAAAAAGUGGAUACGUUUAGCCAUGAAACGAAGUGUCAGAGAGGUAAAAGUGCAUACACCGAUGCCACCGUUUUUGAUACGUAUACACACUUUACCUCAAGAAAUCUUUGCUUGCAAAUCAGUAACAGUUCUGAAGUUAUGCUGUUGUGAUUUAAGGGGACUCUUAUACAAAGCCAAAGGUGCUAUUAAGUUGCCCUCUCUGCAUAAUUUGUCUCUCAACCAAGUUUUUGUUGAUGAAUUCACUGUCAAAGUUCUUUUAUUGAGCUGUCCCUUGAUUGCACGCUUUUGUUUCAGGAACUGCAAGGGCGACUUCAAUGAUCUUUUCGUUGCAGGACUGGAAAAUUUGAAGAUACUGAAGUUAAUCAUGCCGAAAAGCGGAUUUGAAGAACUCGAGAGAGUUACUAUUGUAGCACCAAGUCUUCAAAGUUUAACUAUUAGUGGUGAUGCAGUUAUGAUCAAAGCACAUAAGAUUGGAUCAUUGCAAGAUGUUAGAAAGGAUAAAAAUUUCAAGCCAUCAUCUCAAAAGCUUGACAAUAAGGGAUUGUCAUCUUUAACCUUGAAAGGGGUAGAUAUGGUUACUGAUGAGUUGUUCCAUAACCUGAUGUCUGAACAUCCCCUUUUUGAAACCUUACAGUUGGAUCAUUGCAAGAUGUUAGAAAGGAUAAAAAUUUCAAGCCAUCGUCUCAAAAGCUUGACAAUAAGGGAUUGUCUCUAUCUGGAGCAUUGUGAAAUUGUUACUCCAAAUUUACUGUCUUUCGAAUAUGAUGGGAAUUUGAGUGCCUUUUGUGGUGGUUUUAUCUAUGCCCCAUGUCAGUGGAAAGUGAAACUUGAACUAGAUUGUGACAUCUUAUGGUUAUGUGAUUUGGAGUCUUUGGUUCAGGGAAAAAGAUUUAAAGAUCUGACGCUAUCAAUCUCUUCUGAAGAGAUUUCAUCAUAUUAUGAUGAUGAUGAAAAAAAGCCAUUAGCAAUCUCUCCAUGUUGCGAGGUGGAACACUUGAGUUUAGGAACAGAUGCAUCACAGUCAAGUUACAAAGCAAUUAUAGAAGGCCUAUUUUCUAUUUGCCAACCUAAGAUUCUUUCUGUAGCAUCUACCAUCAAGUCUGCAAACAAAUUCAUUAGGGUUGCUAACAACUCGAGAAUUCUUUGGUUGCUUGUAUGUGAAAAUCCAAUGGACAUCAAGGACCCAAAUUGCUGCAGCUUCAGAGAACAAAAAUGUUGGUGA